UCGCCGCGUGCACCGGUGAGUCGGGAAUGGCGUGCGACCUGUACCUGAGGAGACGCCGGGCACGCGGCCUGGGGGGCCGUAUGAUGAGGAUGCGGCUGCCAUGGCAACAGGCCGGUGAGAUGCGCACGUUUAAAGCUCGUUUAUUUAUUUAAUAUUUCCUUUGCAUGCGCCGCGCGCCUCCGUGAUCGUGCCCGUUCGACCUCUGAGUGUCGGGAAGUGGGAUCGGCGGAAGAACCGGAGAAGCAUCAGCACCGGAGAAGCGGGGAACCGGAGCACCGGAGACCCUCAACAAGUUGUUUUAUUUCCUGAGGAGCGGCUCCGACCGCCGGUGAAGGACGCAGCCGCCGCCGGUGUGUGGACACGGAAAGUGGGCAGAAGUGGGACGAACCGGAGAAUGACCGGAGGGUAGAUGAGGAACAACCGAGCAGGGAGCGUCGCACCGGGAACACCUGAGCAGGUUGGUUCGGUGUCGGAGCGCCUCCCGGUUCUCGGUGCGUCUCCGUCGUGAUGGAGGUUUUCUUCUGACUUCUCUCCGCCGCCGUGACGCGCCGCUUUUCCGUGUGCGUGUCACCGUGAAUCAGUGCGCCCCGUUACAUUCCGUUUCUGUCCGUUAAAAACCGGAUCAAGUGUCCUUCAUUCCGUUCCUUCACGCACGAUGAUUGACGUGGACGCGGACAGAACCGGGUGAGCGAACCGGACGGAGGAGGCACGUACCGGACACCGACGGCCAGCGAGUGUGGAGCUCCGUUAUCUACCGUAGACCGGGAAUCCGGUGGCAGUGUGACCGGCAAGGGAGAGAUGAGAGCGGCAGGGGAGAGCAGAGGGAGGGCCCGGGGCGGAGAGAAGAGAUUCAAGGACGAGGACGGAGGAAGGACGGAGGAACAUCUGUAGAACAUCUGGAGGAAGGACGGAGGAACGUCUGGAGGAACAUUUGAGAACAUCUGUAGAACAUCUGGAGGAACAUCUGGAGGAAAGACGGAGGAACAUCUGGAGGAACAUCUUUAGAACGUCUGAAGGAACAUCUGGAGGAACAUCUGAGGACAGAGGAACAUCUGGAGGAACGUCUGUAAGAACAUCUGAGGACAGAGGAACAUCUGGAGGAACAUCUGUAGAACAUCUGGAGGAACGAUGGAGGAACAUCUGCAGAACAUCUGGAGGAACGUCUGUAAGAACAUCUGAGGACAGAGGGACAUCUGGAGGAACAUCUGUAGAACAUCUGUAGAACAUCUGGGGUCUGAGGAUGAACUCUGACUAACGGCUGACGUUCAUCUGAGCAGCUUCUCUGAGGGGGAGUCACAGCAACCGUCUCCCCUCUCUCCUCCCUCCAGCCAGUGAUGGACGGGGUGGCUGGAGGCCCUGGAGGCCCCGGUGGAGGGGACAGCCUGCCCCGGAGGAACGGGGACUCCAAACGGCGCAGUAAGGGCAGCCUGCCGUCUCCGGGCUACCGUCUGUCCCAGGCGUCCCUGGAGGGGGAGCGGGGCUCCUUCGGGGACAGCGGGUCCUCGGGGGGCCGCGGCCGUCGUCUCUCCAUUUUGAGCUCCUCUACCCGGGACGGCCUCCCGUUCCGCUCGGCCGGGACCCCGCCCACCCCGCUGCAGCCCUCCUCUGGCCCCGCCCACCUUCCGCCCCGCUCCGUGGGCUUCGCCCGGGCCGCCCUGGCCUCCACCUCGUCAGCCGGAACCGGGGUGGUGGUGGUGGCCGCCGGGCCGGAGACCACCACCACCACGGCGGCCGGGACCCCGGAGCCGGGGGGGCUGUCCGGGCUGGGCGGCUUCGGGAUGGGUCUGGACGGGGAGGACUUCAGCACCUCCAACCAGAGCACCUUCAUCCAGAGGCAGUUCGGGGCCAUGCUGCAGCCCGGGGUCAACAAGUUCAGUCUGCGCAUGUUCGGAUCCCACAAGGCCGUGGCCCUGGAGCAGGAGAGGCUCAAAUCAGCCGGGUCCUGGAUCAUCCACCCCUACAGCGACUUCAGGUUCUACUGGGACCUGCUGAUGUUGCUGCUGAUGAUGGGGAACCUCAUCGUCCUGCCGGUGGGCAUCACGUUCUUCAGGGACGAGAACACUCCAUCCUGGAUCAUCUUCAAUGUGGUCUCUGACACGCUCUUCAUGGUGGACCUGGUUCUGAACUUCAGGACAGGCAUCAUGAAGGAGGACAGCACCGAGAUCCUGCUGGACCCCCGGGCAAUCAGACAGAAGUACCUGAAGACCUGGUUCCUGGUGGACUUCGUGUCGUCCAUCCCGGUGGACUACAUCUUCCUCAUGGUGGACAGUCUGGACUCGGAGGUCUACAGGACGGCCAGAGCGCUGAGGAUCGUCCGCUUCACCAAAAUCCUGAGUCUGCUGCGACUGCUCCGGCUGUCCAGACUCAUCAGAUACAUCCACCAAUGGGAGGAGAUCUUCCACAUGACCUACGACCUGGCCAGUGCUAUGGUCCGGAUCGUGAACCUGAUCGGGAUGAUGCUGCUGCUCUGCCACUGGGACGGAUGUCUCCAGUUCCUGGUCCCCAUGCUGCAGGACUUCCCCUCCGACUGCUGGGUCUCCAAGAACCUCAUGGUGAACGACACCUGGGGCGUCCAGUACUCGUACGCUCUGUUCAAAGCCAUGAGCCACAUGCUGUGCAUCGGCUAUGGGGCUCAGGCUCCAGAGGGGAUGACCGACGUCUGGCUCACCAUGCUCAGCAUGAUCGUAGGCGCCACCUGCUACGCCAUGUUCAUCGGCCACGCCACCGCCCUCAUCCAGUCGCUGGACUCGUCCCGCAGGCAGUACCAGGAGAAGUACAAGCAGGUGGAACAAUACAUGUCGUUCCACAAGCUUCCUGCGGACGUCCGGCAGAAGAUCCACGAGUACUACGAGCAUCGCUUCCAGGGCAAGAUGUUCGACGAGGACAACAUCCUGGGGGAACUCAGCGAGCCGCUCAAAGAGGAGAUCGUGAGCUUCAACUGCCGCUGCCUGGUGGCCAACAUGCCGCUGUUCGCCAACGCAGAUCCCAACUUCGUCACCGCCGUCCUCACCAAGCUGCGCUUCGAGGUGUUCCAACCGUUCGACUUCAUCAUCCGGGAAGGAACCGUUGGACGGAAGAUGUACUUCAUCCAGCACGGACGGGUCAGCGUUCUGACCCGAGGGAACAAGGAGACCAAGCUCAGCGAUGGGUCCUACUUUGGAGAGAUCUGUCUGUUGACUCGUGGACGGAGAACCGCCAGCGUCCGAGCCGACACCUACUGCCGUCUGUACUCUCUGAGCGUGGACAGUUUCAACGAGGUUCUGGAGGAACAUCCUAUGAUGAGGCGGGCCUUCGAGACCGUGGCCGUGGACCGACUGGACCGGAUCGGCAGGAAGAACUCCAUGUUGCUGCGUAAGUCGUCUCAGGGCGGCUCUCUGGGCGGCAGCAUGGGUCGAGGAGGUCGUGGUGGAGCUGCUGGCGGCCUGGCGGCUGGAGGUCUGGGUUCCUGUGACAGCAUGCUGGUGCAGCAGAUUGUCAAACACGACAGCAUGCCGGCCAUGCAGGACGCCAUUGCUGCCGCGGCGGCCGGACGGAGCGGCAUGAUGGGCGGCAGCGGCACCGUGUCCCCCCGACCUCGACCUGUCAUCUGGGCGCCGCUGGUCCACGCCCCCCUGCAGACCGCCGCCGCCACCAGCAAUGUGGCCAUCGCCCUGAUGCACCAGCAGCAGCAGCAGCAGCAGCAGCUGCAGCAGCUGCAGCAGCAGCACGCUCUGGGCGGGGCCUUCUUCCUGCCCUCCCCCCUCAUCUCCCCCUCGCCCUCCUCCUCCUUCCCUCUGUCGCCCCCCAGAGCUCCGGUCCUGCAGCCCCUCCGACCCUCCGUCAGCUCCCUCAUCGGGAUGAUGGCCAUGGGGGGGAUGGGAGGUCUGUCUCCAAGGGCCUUCCCCGUCUCCCCCUCCACGCUGGGCCCCCCUGCUGGAGUGACAUCACCUCCUGUUGCUAAGACUCCGCCCACGCCGGCGUCUUCUGUCCCCACGUCUGUCCAGCAGGGCAGGACUCUGCAUUACGGCCUCCGUCUGCCGGCCGAUCACCCCUCAGUGAUCUCUGGACCUCUAGGAACCCCGACAGGACCGGCCCCUCCCAUCCACAAAGCCCCUCCCCCUAAUCUCCCGGCCGGCGGCCCGUCGGAUGUAAACACGACUCAGCAGGGCGCCAAGGAGGCUCUGCUGCGUCACGGAGGCAGCAGCUCUCAGGGCCUGCCGGCGCUGGGCCGACUGACCCAGGAGGCCCGGCUGCUGUCGGCGUCGCAGCCCACCCUGCCUCACCGCUCCUGGGCCGCCGUGCAGCCUCUCCCCCCCCUCCACCGGAAGGCGUCUGGAGGGAACCUGCUGGCGGCUCCGUUCCUGGCGGGGCAGCUUUCCAGGGGGGGCAGCGCCGGGAUCCUGACCUCCAACCUGCAGCUGGUCGCCAGUGUCCCGUUCAACCCGCCUCCUGCUGCCUCUCCUCCCAAACAGACCCCUCUCUCCUCCGCUACUCCUUCCCCUUCCUCCCCCACCCCCAUCCUCACCCAGAGUCCUCGACCCAAACCCUCCCCCAUGCCUCCCUCCUCUCCUCCUCCCUGCUCCACCCCUCCUCUCUCGCUCUCGUCCACUCCUCGACCCAAACCCACUCCUUCUCCUCGUUCCUCGUCUCCGUCUCCGUCCUCCACGCCGCCUCCGUCUUCUGUCUCCACCCCCGUCCCCCUAUCUCAACCUUACGGGACCAAGACCUCCCUCACCUCCUCGUCUCCCCCUUCGUCCUUGCUCUCCUCCUCCCCUCCUCACCCCCAGAGCCCCCGAACCAAAGCCUCCAUCACCCCUCCAUCUGCCUCCCCUCUGUCCGGCCCCAGCCCCACUCUGACCCCCAUCCCUUCUCCCACUCCCACCCAAACCACCCGCACAAGAACUUCCACGCCCUCCCAGACUCCCACUCAGACCCUCACCCCGGUCACUCCCACCCUCACCCCUUCUCCUUUCCCGUCUCCCAUCCCGGUGACAUCCAUCCCUAAGAGUCCGACCCCCUGUCUCCAGCCGCCCAGAGGCUCCACCUCCGGCCCCAAACUGCCGCUCCACCCCUCCAGCUCCGUCACCCCGACUAAAGUAACGUUCUCGGUGCAUCCGGUGAAACAAACCUCCCCCGUCCUCACCCCGAGUCGCUCCAUCAAACCCAACCAGAGCUCCACUAACCCCUCCACCGGCCCCGCCUCCACGGGAGUCCAGUCCUCCAAACUCAACCCCCCGUCAGUCCAAACCUCUCAGGCAUCCAGCGCCGCCUCCUCCCAACCUCCCGCCACCUCCACCUCCCCUAAAGGCGGGAAAAAGGACCCUCAGCUCGCCAGAAAAGACUCGGAGGGACUCAGGCACAAACUUCCCGCCAACAUGUGAGGAAAAGAAGGAUUGUGUGACUGUGGGGCGGAGCUUCAUUCCCUCUAGGAUGUGAUCGUCUUAGAACAUCGGGUGUUCAUGUGACUCCUGUCCAUCCAUGAGACAGACUUUCUGAGUCUUAAAAAGAACAAACAUCCAAACGUGUUUGUACAUUUCUGUGUUAGUGAUCGCUUGAGCUAGCGGGCCGAGCUACGAAGCCGGGUUAGCUUGUUAGCGUUUUAGCGAGGUUCUGAAGGCCUGAAGUCACAGUUUACAGAGUCACGAAGGGGGAUCUCUUUUAACCCAGAUAGACCUCCAUAAAACAGUAGAAUUUUUAACAUAAUAAAUUAGUUCUGUGUUGAAACAACUUGUUGACUGAACCGGGGAACUGGAAACAAGGAAAGAAACAAGAAACAGGCGAUCUUCUUCUGCUAAAGUGCACACGGUUGGUCUGUUUGGUGCAGAGAAAGAGUUGGAUGACGACUUAAACACUCAGAGAACCUCAUUUAACAGACAAAACCUGGAACCUCCUCUGUGAUUUCUGUCGUCUCUGACUUCGGGUUUAGUUUUUGUCGAGUUUCGUACACGGAGGAACGUCAUCUGUGCUUCGUAGUUCGGCCUUCGGGGGAGCUGACGUGGAAAUGUGCUGCAGAUCCACUAAAACAAGAAAAACAGCAAUACUGGUGAUGAUGAAUAAGUUUCCAGCUCAGACUCCCUCCUGCCUCCGUCUCCUCAUCAGAAUCCUGCUAACUAACCUCUGUAACGGUUUAGAAACUCGCUGUGAGAAGAAUCUAGGAGCCGUAGACGUCCCAGCUGUGUGGUGUUUUAGUUUUAAACUGGUUUCUUUGGUGUGCUGCUUCCGUUUCCUCCCCGUCCGUCUGUAAAUACUCUGCUCUCUUUCAUCGUCCGGCCGCCUUUCAUCCGGCUCAGUUCUCCUCCUGUGGUCCAUCUCCGUGUUUGAUGUUCUCUGUGGGUAGCAACCAGGCAGAUCUGUCUUAAACCCUGAUACCAUGUUGCCUAGACGAUAUAUUAAGGACCAAAUGUUUUAUUUUUGAUUUAUCGCAGCUUUAGUUUAGCUGGAGAUGAAUCCUGAGUGUGACGAUGAUGAUGAUGAAGGUGUAGAUCUGGAAUAAAGUGGAUUUAGAUUUCA